AUGCUACGCAAGGGUAUUACAGAGAGCUUUGGAGCUGCUAUCCAUGCCCUCAGCGCCACUCAGCUGACAGAUGGUGUGAUUAACAGGAGCAAAAGGAUGAUGCUGGACACCCUGGGUGUUGGGCUGUUAGGAACCAGGACAGCUGUCUUCAACAAGGCUCUCAAGUACAGCCAGUCGUUUCAGUCAGAGGAGAAGAGCAGCGUCUGGGGCAGAUCAGAAAUAUCUCUCCCUCCUCAUUAUGCUGCUUUUGUUAAUGGCAUCGCAGUUCACUCCAUGGACUUUGAUGACACUUGGCACCCGGCUACUCACCCUUCAGGUGCUGUGCUACCUGCACUGCUGGCCCUGGCAGAGACACUGCCCAGCCAGCCGUCCGGUCUAGACCUGCUGCUGGCCUUUAACAUUGGCAUCGAGGUGCAGGGCAGACUCAUGAGGUUCUCCAGGGAGGCCUACAAUAUCCCUAAAAGAUUCCACCCUCCCAGUGUUGUGGGUGUGAUGGGCAGCGCUGCGGCCUCAGCUAAGCUUCUCGGUCUGUCCCCAGCACAGUGCAGUCAUGCUUUGGCUAUCGCAGCCUCUUCUGCUGGGGCUCCUUUGGCCAACGCUGCCACACAAACCAAACCUCUCCACAUAGGAAAUGCUACUCGGAGAGGCCUGGAGGCCGCUCAGCUGGCCCAGAUGGGAUUGGAGGGGAAUUCAGCAAUACUGGAUAUGGAAUGUGGUUUUGGGGUUUACUACAAUGACUACAGCCCUUCAGCAAUGGCUUAUUCUGGUGCUGGUGGCUUUAAAUGGAUUCUGGAAGAUCAGGACAUUGCCUUCAAGCGCAUUCCUGCUCAUUUGGGGAUGCACUGGGUUGUGGACGCUGCUCUCGCUGCCCGUGCAAAGUUUGAAAACACAGCAGGCAACUUUGAUCUGAGCCACAUCAGGCGCGUCACACUUCGAGUACCUCCAUCCAAGUACGUUGACUGUCCCCUACCUGCCACAGAGCACCAGGCCCGGCACUCGUUUCAGUUCAAUGCCUGCUCUGCCCUGUUGGAUGACAAAGUAACAGUGGCUUCAUUCAGUGAAGAUCAAAUUAGCCGGCUCACUCUGAGGGAGCUCCUGUCCAAAGUCAAGGUGGAGACACCAAGGGAUAACCAGCCCAGCUUUGACAAGAUGUAUUGUGAGGUUGAGAUAGAGACCGAUCAGGGGCAGAGUUACACAGCCAGGUGUGAUAACUUUUACGGUCACUGGAGGAGGCCACUGAGUCAUGAAGACCUGGUGGAGAAGUUUAUUGUAAAUGCCUCCACAGUGCUGUGCUCAGAGGGGGUGGAGGGGGUGAUAGAUGUGAUAGGAAACAUUGAGAGAGAGAGUGGGUGUUCCUCCUUAGGUUCAUAUCUGAGAAUGACAAGUGAGCCACAUGAGCAGCUGUACAGCACGAUUUUGUGA